AUGAGCGAGAACGAGGGGGAGAAGCAGCCCGUAGAAGGUGCUUCUCUCUUAGGGGAGCUGCAACCCACGGAGGAACGGACGAAGAAAACGCCCUUCACGCAGUUGAAGCUAGACGAGUCCAUACUAUUUUCGCUGCUGAUUCAAAGGUACCUGUUCUGCGCCAGCAUACAGGAAAAGGCCAUUCCCCUCAUUGCGAAAAAGGAGAAUGUCCUCCUGCACUCCGAAACGGGCAGCGGAAAAACGCUAUGCUUCGUUAUUCCUAUGCUGCAAAAUUUGGUGAAGUCCAAACUUGGGGCCAUAAGGAGAGACCGCUUUCGCACGUCCACAUGUGAGGAGGCAAAGGAAGGGGAAGUAGAAGAACACGAUUGUUACGACGAGGGCAGGGUCAACUGUAUCUACAACAAAUUUGAAAAUGUAAACAUAGAGAAGAGCAUCCCCCCUGUUGACAUAAAUGUAGCAAAGUUUAUUCAGCAUGUGAGGGCGUCCUUGGAGGAAAAAACCCUCAAGAAGGAUGGCGCCGUGGGGAAUAGAGGGAGAGUUAAAAAAGAUGAUCAGUACCCACCAGGGGGUAAUAACCUGCACAGCGAAUCCAUUAAGGACGUUGUAAAAAAAGCCAUUCGAUGCACCACGAGUGAGAACAAGAGCAAACAAAAAAUACACGUGAACGGAGUGAUUGUAGCCCCCACGAGGGAGUUGUGCAUACAAAUAUACGACGUAGUAAAUAAAUUUCUCUUUUUCAUAAGGUUAUAUUUUGCAAAAACUUUUAACAUCAAUGUGGACGAAUUGGACAAGGAGGUCUUUUUUGUGAACUCGCUAUUAUUUAGGGGUGCCGUAAAAAUUGAGGAGGAUUUAAAAAUUAUAAAAAAUGAAAAAAAAAAAAAAAGCAGAUACCAAAUAAUUGUGGCCACCCCGGGGAAAUUAUCAACUUUGUUUGUCGAUCACAACUGCCACUUUGACACGAACGAGUUGGCAUAUUUAAUCCUGGAUGAGGGGGAUAAAUUGUUGGAAGAGAGUUUUUUAAACUAUGUCCAGGAUGUUGUUAGGAGCAUUGUCUCGAAGGACUAUGCCACGUGUAUUUGCAGCGCAACGUGUCUACAGGAGGAGAAGUUUUACAACUUGUUUUCUGACAAGAAGAGAUCCUUUAUCAAGUGCGUGGGGGGGCCAGCACCGACAGCGUCAAUUACAACGGGCAUGGGAGUUGCUCCUUCUACUGUAACCACCAACCCUGGCAGCACCGCGGGAAACUCCUUCCAAAUGCCAGACAAAAUCGAAAAUUACUAUAUCACGGUGCGAAACCUGGACAAAAGCUUCUUCCUCUUCAAAUUCGUUAGCACAGUGGUGCGCGAGGGGGAAGCAGUGAUCGUAUUUUUGCCGACCUGCUUCUGCGUGGAUUUCUUCUUCCACGUAUUCAAGAACGUACUUAACACGGAGCAGAAAACCGCGAAGGAAAUUUUCAGCCAAAUUGUAACACUCAACGAGAGACAUAGAAAUGUAUUCACCCCAACUGAUCUUGCGCUCUUCUGCAAAAUGAUUUGUUACACUCAAAAAUACAUGGGGAAGAAGAAAUUCACCCUUUUAAAAAUCCACAGGAAAAUGAAAGACAAAAAAAGGAUAAGUGCGUAUAAGAAAAUAAAAGAAAACAAGAAUAAGAGGAGGAUCAAAAUUAUUCUGUGCACAGAUAUUAUGAGCAGAGGAAUUAACGUGGACAUUCAUUGGGUCAUUAAUUACGAUGUUGCGAAUAAAAAUAUGACAUACAUCCAUAGGAGUGGAAGAACAGGCAGAUUUGACAAAAGGGGGAAAAAUAUUAUUCUGCUUAAUAAGAAGGAGAAAGAGUAUAUAUACUUCUUAAAAAAUAAAAAAGUGAAUAUCAGCAAUUUUAGGAAAACGUCCAUGUUUAGGGAUAUGCUCAGUUGGGAAUCUCGAGUGAUGAGAAGUGAAGACGCGUUGGACACACAAGUGAGGGAAGUAACCAACUUGGAGGACGUGAGGAAAUCUGUCCCCGAGAAAACCUUUUCCUUUUACCGAUGCCCACGUGGGGAACGCGUUCAAAGGAGGGAGGCAAAGGGAGGUGCCAAGGGGCACAUUCUUAAGGGGGAUGAUCGGGAUGACCACAUCCUUCUGCUGAACAACAUGGUGAACAUAUUUCUAAAGUACAUAAUUUUUUUCAUCAUCGAGAACAGAGAAACAUAUUUGCUCUCGACAAAGGCAUUCCUGUCUUACAUUGAGUUUUACAAAAACCACCAGCUGAGUUUUCUCUUCCCCUUCCACAAGCUCAAUCUUUCGCACCUGUGCCACUCCUUUGCGCUGGUGAAAAUCCCCAAAUUUAAAGAGAAGAGCCAAAUUAAGAAUUUCAAGCGGGUUGGCCUAAACACGUCCGACAUACCAUACAGAAAUGAAGAGAAGGAGAAAAAGCGGCAGGAGGAACUGACACGCUUGGCGCAUUUAAGGAGCGAGGAAGACGCGGUCAAGGGGAAGGCGGAAAGCCAGACAAACGUGGAGGGAGGCAAACCCCACAAGAGGAAGCAAGAAAAAAAACAAAAAAAAAGAAAAACCAUUGUUCAGAGAAAACACGAACAGAGAGACAUGGAGGAAAACGAAAUUGAGUCCCUAUUUUUUGAAGAAAAUUUGUACAAAAAAUUAAAAAAAAAAAAAAUUUCCAAAGAUGAGUACGACAGGUUGCUCAACAUGGAAAACCUGGACAAAAUAUUUUCCACCUCGCCUAGUGCGGGGAAGAACCAGACCGUGGCCCCCCGGAAAAAUCAGGCAGGUGCGUCAAACAGGAAAAAGAGCAAGAAGAAGAGAAAGGUGUACAACUUGAAGGUAAAGAAGAGGCGGAAGGGGGGCGGCAAACGGAGGUAA